AUGAAGAUCAGGCUGUUGAUGAUCCGCAGGAGGGCGAACAUGGACCAGAUCAAGGCAGCCUGCCUGAUCCAGUCCUACCGCUGCAUCGCGACACCCGUGACGGUCAUGAGGGGCGUCGGGUGCAGGGGUGGCUCGCCACGGUCAAUGUCGCGGGCGCUGGCUCACUUGUUGAUUACUUGUCCCAAGAACCUGAUGGCAAAGUUUUCGCGGUGCAAGAGCAUCGUGCUUAUGGCGAUCGGCUGCUAUCCAUGCAAGGGCAAGCUCGAGACCUCGGAUAUCAUGGAUGUUGGUCGCCAGCUUCGGUCACAGAGGCAGGUGGAUUUACCCGGGGAUAGGUUCGUGGCGGCACACCUGCACUGGGGAGUACCAAAAGGCAUCGUCGUGAUGGGCGUGUACUUAUACGACGACCAGGGCCUCGACGCUGACAACAUGGCCAUCAUUUCAGGCAUUUUGAAGUAUGUUGGACUGCUCAACUUCUUGGGUAUGGACUGGAUUGUACUGGGAGAUUGGAACUUACAACCUGAG